AUGUCAUUCACUCGAUACAGCGCAACUCUCUCUAAUCUAACAUCGAUAAUGGGCAACGAAACUCUCAGGACGGAAUAUCAAGAUGCGAUCACGUUCUGUAACAACAACCCAUCUCAACUUGCUGGGUAUGGGGAUAUCCAACGUCUUUUGGCAGAAACCAUGGUAGACUCUGAAUCUCGACCGGACGCCUCGUUCAUUGUGAAUCAAGAGACAAGAGAAGAAAUGGUCUUUCAAAUGCAAGGGAUCGUUCUCGAAGUCGCCCUGCCUCCGAUCGUACGCAGGGUUUCCGUUAAUCAUCUCCAACAAUCCGUAACUAUCGUUGGAUUGGAAGGUGAUCGCCAGUUCGUCAAAGCGUUAGCGGCAAUCAGCUGCAUGCUCGAUCUGUUGAGCCAGUUGGAGAUGAACCACGUUCGUGCAUCGCCACAGACGCGAACGGGUAACGGCGUCCAGGUCACCUUUCGCAACCGGCUGUUAACUCCUUCGCAUGCGGCGAACGAGGACGAUGUUGUAGCUUUGCUGGCUGUGGUUGACCCUCAUAACUUGCUAUCGAAGGAGCUUCAGCCUAACAAAUUCUCAUUCACCAAAGACUCUAAUGUGUCACUCGAGAAGUACAGCUGGACAGCUGAUGGACACCUAUCAUUUGUUCAGCGCCUGGACAGUAUAGCCUUAAUGUCGACCGUGGGAGCCCCUUUGGUGCAAGCCAUGGAAAUGGCGAGCAGAAACCAUGAAGUGCAGCAUCCCUUACCUCGCAAGCGCAGACAAGAUGUCAUGAAGAUUGUGUAG